ACACACACACACACAGAUUUAUACAACGACGCUCUUUUCUCUUUCAGCACAUCACUAGAGUCUAGUAAAGCGGAGAGAAUGGCGAAGGUUCGAUGCCAGAGAAUCGGAUGCGACGCAGUGUUCUCUGAAGAUGACAAUCCCGACGGCUCCUGCACUUUUCAUGCUUCUGGUCCCUUGUUUCAUGAUGGGAUGAAAGAAUGGAGCUGUUGCAAGAAAAGGAGCCAUGAUUUCAGUUUAUUUUUGGAAAUUCCUGGUUGCAAGACAGGAAAACAUACAACUGAAAAACCUGUGCUCACUAAGCCUGCUCCAGCUCAAAAGAAGCCAGUUUCCGUUCCAACACCCCUGGCUAAUUCCUCUUCAAAAGAUACCUGUCCUAGGUGCCGCCAAGGAUUCUUCUGUUCCGACCAUGGUUCACACAACCAAGAAACGAAUCCAAAAUCUGCAGCAAGUCCAAAUAAUGGAAGUGGUCUGGAUAUCCAAGAACCAGAACCAGAACCACCUAAACCCAAGAAAAUUAUCGAUAUAAACCAACCCCAGACCUGCAGAAAUAAGGGAUGUGGAAAAAGUUUCAAAGAGAAGGAUAAUCACGAUACAGCAUGUGAAUAUCAUCCCGGGCCGCCUGUCUUCCACGACAGGAUGAGGGGGUGGAAAUGUUGCGACAUUCAUGUCAAAGAAUUUGAUGAAUUCAUGAGCAUACCGCCUUGUGCAAAGGGAUGGCACAAUGCUGAUCCAACGUCAUGAUAGAAGCUCAAUUCUUCGAAAGGUGUCAACUAUUUUACAUAAUAUCAAUCAAAAACCCGAACUAUUGAGAUUGUAACAAUACUUCUUGAACUAUGAUUGUUGUCGACAAAACGUUGAAAUGUAUCUCGUGCUUCUAGAACCA